AGUGUUGCCAUUGUUGAGUUAUUACUUUUUGGUCAAUUUUGAUUUUCCUCGAAAUUUAUUCUUUAUUUGCACAAAAAAAGGAAUUUUUGUUACUAAAUUAUUAAAAUUAUAUUUCGAAUAGCUCCCAAGUUGGGAUAACGAGUAGAAUAUUGUUUGUGAAGUGUUUUUUUAAAGCUUAUUAUUGCAAAAAUUGCUUCGCGGUGAACGUUCGCUUAAUUAAUCAUUUUUUUCGGGUAGUGGAUUUAAGUUAUUCAAGUGUAAAACAUCUUUAGUGAAAUCAUAAUGGCUUUUGCAAAGAUCCAAAAGCAGUUGAACAUCGCAAAUCAGUUGAUCACAGAGAAAGUUUUCAAUGGAGAAAAGUCGAAAUUCAACGAUGAUUUUACGGAAAUGGAAAAGAAAACGGAUGCAACAGCUGACUUGAUAGAUGAUCUUCAACAAAGGACGAAAGAAUUCCUUCAACCGAAUCCAGCAGCGCGAGCAAAAAUGGCGGCAUUAAAGUUGUCAUCGUCAGGACAGGCUAAAAGUCAAUAUCCUCAAACUGAAGGUAUUUUGGGAAAUGCGAUGGUUAAUCAUGGAAAGAAGCUUGGCGAAGAUAAUUGUCUUGGUCAGGCACUCAUGGAAGCAGGCGACUCUCUAAAGCAAAUUGCAGAUGUCAAGUAUUCUUUGGAUAACAAUGUUAAGCAAAACUUUCUCGAUCCACUUAACCAUCUUCAAAAUAACGAUUUAAAAGAAGUAAUGCACCAUCGAAAAAAGCUAUCAAAUCGUCGUUUAGAUUUCGAUGGUAAACGUCGAAAAAUGGGACGCGGAACGACUGAAGAAGAAGUUCGAAUGGCACAAGAGAAAUUCAAAGAAUCACUUCAUAAUGCGUCAACUUCUAUGUAUCAUUUGCUUGAGAAUGACGUUGAACUCAUAUCGCAACUUUGUGUGUUUUCCGAGAGUCUCAUGCAAUAUUAUCAAUCGUGUGCCGACAUUAUGCAAGAUUUAACAAACAAACUUUAUGAGAAGAAAUCAGAAGCCAUGAAUCGUCCGAAGAAAGAUUUCAUCCCAACAAGCCUCUCUGAUUUGAACAUUGACUCGAUUUCUUUGGGAAGCAACAGCGAUCGUCACAACAACAAUUCUAACGGUGCGAGUUUAUAUAAUUUAGAAAGAUCCAAAGCCACUUCUUCCUUUAACCUCGCAUCCCACAAAUCUUCCUCCCAAAAUAUCCACAACAAUAAUUUCAGUCGUACGAGUAAAGCGUACGGAUCACAAUCGAACAUAAGCGGAAAACGUAACAGUUAUCAGAGUGUGAAUAGCUUUAACAUAAACUCGCCAACUACGCCGGGUAUAGACCGAUGGGAACAAGCGUGGGAAGACGACAACAAUUUUGUUCGAGCUCCUUCUUAUCAUCAACAACAGAAACAACAACAUCGUGAACAUUUUCCUCUUGCUAAAAAUUCUAAUCAAUCUGUAAAGCACUCUCAUUCAGCAUAUGAUUUCAAGCGUGCCUCAAAUAAUCAAAAUCAAAUGUCGACGUCGAAUCGAUCGGUGAAUCAUUAUGUUGACGAUCCAUUUGACGAUCCUUGGUCAGUUAAGCCCACAAUUUCCAAUCCAAUUCCGAUGAAUACAACACAGCAAAGCUCGACAGUGAACUUGAUAAACAAUUUCAACAACAAUUAUCGAAGUCAAUCAAGCGCCUUUCCACAUUGUGUAGCACUUUAUGAUUUUGAAGCUGAAAAUGCUGGCGAACUUUCGUUUAAAGAAAAUGACAUCAUAAGGCUUGUAAAUAAAGUCGAUGAAAACUGGUUUGAAGGAACGGUUAAUGGUCGAACUGGUUAUUUCCCACAAUCAUAUGUAAGUCCAAGUGAAGAUCCCAAUCUCUUAAAGCCAUCACCCACAUCCUUAUACUAAAUAUAUUCAAUUUACAACUCAUAUUGCUGUUUAGAGGAAGACGAAAUAAUUGAAAUCUGUUAACAUUAACACUUUGUCUUGUAGAAAUUUCAAAAUAACACUUUUUGCAAUUUUGGUGCCUUUUCAAGACAACAUAACAAUAAAAUGAAAACAUUGAUAAGAAGGAAGCCAUAAACAUAUUUUUACACAAAAUUGGCACAAUUAAAGUCUUUUUAUAUGAAUGCCUUGCCUUGUUGAUGUUAAGAAUUUGUAAGGAUUAACGAUAUUUUAUUAUUUUGUGUAACAUUUUUGUGCAAAAAUGAAAAUCAGUAAUCAAUGUGUAAUAAAGUUUAAUGUUGAAGUGACGCACAAAACAA